AUGCCGGCCAUGGCACCCUCUGCCUUGGAGGUGUUUGGCUGGAGCAAAGGCAGCAAUCGCGUGACCUGGCAGUCCCCAGGGAGCCUGAUUCAAUUUUCUCUGAUUGCUGAGCUGCUUCCCUGCCGCGGAUGUCCUAGGGGGGCACAGGAUGAUGUUAGAGCUGCUCUCCUCCUGGCUGUCCUGAUCCGUCCCCAACUGUCCAAAGAAAAAAUAGAGGGAUGUCACAUCUGCACCUCAGUGACGCCCGGCGAGCCCCAGGUGCUGCUGGGGAAGGACAAGGCCUUCACCUAUGACUUUGUCUUUGACCUGGAUACAUGGCAGGAGAAUGCCACCGUGCUGGCAUACGGCCAGACUGGUGCGGGGAAGACAUACACCAUGGGCACCGGCUUUGACAUGAACAUCUCUGAGGAUGAGCAGGGCAUCAUCCCACGGGCCAUCGGCCACCUCUUCAGUGGCAUUGAGGAGCGCAAGCGGGCGGCGCAGAGUCAGGGCGUGGCAGCACCCGAGUUCAAAGUCAGCGCCCAGUUCCUGGAGCUCUACAACGAGGAGAUCCUGGACCUGUUUGACAGUGCCCGUGACCCUGACGCACGCCACCGCAAAUCCAACAUCAAAAUCCAUGAGGAUGCCAGUGGGAGCAUCUACACUACAGGGGUCACAUCGCGCCUCAUCAGCUCGCAGGACGAGCUGAUCCAGUGCCUAAAGCAGGGGGCUCUUUCCCGCACCACUGCCAGCACCCAGAUGAAUGUGCAGAGCUCCCGGUCCCACGCUAUCUUCACCAUUCACCUGUGCCAGAUGAGAGUGUGCACCCGCCCGGAGCUGGUGAAUGGGGAGGUGACCAGCCUCCUGGACGGAGCCCAGCCCACCACCGAGUAUGAGACCCUCACGGCCAAGUUUCACUUCGUAGACCUGGCUGGCUCAGAGAGGCUGAAGCGAACGGGUGCUACUGGCGAGAGAGCGAAGGAAGGCAUCUCCAUCAACUGUGGGCUGCUGGCCUUGGGGAACGUCAUUAGUGCCCUCGGAGACCAGAGCAAGAAAGUUGUGCACGUGCCCUACCGUGACUCCAAGCUCACCCGCCUGCUGCAGGAUUCCCUCGGGGGCAACAGCCAAACCAUCAUGAUCGCCUGUGUGAGCCCAUCUGACCGGGACUUCAUGGAGACCCUGAACACACUCAAGUAUGCCAACCGGGCUCGCAACAUCAAGAACAAGGUAGUGGUGAACCAGGACAAGACAAGUCAGCAGAUCAGUGCCCUGCGGGCCGAGAUCGCCCGCCUGCAGAUGGAGCUGAUGGAGUACAAGGCGGGCAAGCGGGUCAUCGGGGAGGAUGGCUCGGAGGGCUACAGCGACCUUUUCCGCGAGAACGCCAUGCUGCAGAAGGAGAACAGUGCCCUGCGCAUGCGGGUGAAGGCCAUGCAGGAGGCCAUCGAUGCUAUCAACAGCCGGGUCACCCACCUCAUGAGCCAGGAGGCCAAUCUGAUGCUGGCCAAGGCAGGUGACAGUAAUGAAGCCAUUGGCACCCUCAUCCAGAACUACAUCCGGGAGAUUGAAGAGCUGAGGACGAAGCUCCUGGAGAGUGAGUCCAUGAACGAGUCUCUGCGUCGCAGUCUCUCGCGUGUCUCUGCCCGGCCCCCCUACUCCAUGGGCUCGUCCCCAGCAUCUGGCUUGGCUGGCCUGUGCAGCCCCGCUGCUCCGGUGGAGACGGAGGCCUCCGAUGUCCUCCGACGGGCCAAGCAGGACCUGGAGCGCCUGAAAAAGAAAGAGAGGAGGCAGCAGAGGAAAGGCCCAGAGAAGGAAGGAUUUAAGAAGCGGCAGAAACUGCAGCAGGACAAUGGGGAGGAGACGGAUGAGAACGAGGUGGAAGAGGAGGAGGAGGAACAGGAUGAGAGCGGCUGUGAGGAAGAGGACGGACGUGAGGAUGAAGAUGAGGACUCGGGCAGUGAGGAGAGCCUGGUGGACUCGGACUCUGAUGCAGAGGAGAAGGCCGUGAAUUUCCAGGCCGACCUGGCGGAUCUGACUUGUGAGAUAGAGAUCAAGCAGAAGCUGAUUGAUGAGCUGGAGAACAGCCAGCGGCGCCUGCAGACCCUCAAGCACCAGUACGAGGAGAAGCUGAUCCUGCUGCAGAACAAGAUUCGUGACACACAGCUGGAGCGUGACCGGGUCCUGCAGAACCUCAGCACCAUGGAGUGCUACACAGAGGAGAAAGCCAACAAGAUCAAAGCAGACUACGAGAAGCGGCUGAAGGAGAUGAACCGGGACCUGCAGAAGCUCCAGGCAGCCCAGAAGGAGCAUGCUCGCCUGCUCAAGAACCAGUCCCGCUACGAGCGGGAACUGAGGAAGCUGCAGGCGGAGGUGGCUGAGAUGAAGAAGGCAAAGGUUGCGCUGAUGAAGCAGAUGCGGGAGGAGCAGCAGCGGAGGCGGCUGGCAGAGACGAAGCGGAAUCGGGAGAUUGCACAGCUCAAGAAGGAGCAGCGCCGGCAGGAGUUUCAGAUCCGGGCUCUGGAGUCUCAGAAGCGGCAGCAGGAAAUAGUGCUGCGGAGGAAAACCCAGGAGGUCUCGGCGCUGCGCCGUCUCGCCAAGCCCAUGUCAGACCGGGUCGCAGGCAGGACAAGCCAGAAGCCAGCCAUGCUGGACUCAGGCGCGGAAGUCUCAGCCAGCACCACCUCCUCUGAGCCCGAGUCCGGUGCUCGCUCUGUCUCCAGCAUCGUGCGCCAGUGGAACAGGAAAAUCAACAACUUUCUGGGAGACCCCUCAUCCUCCGUGAAUGGGGCUCGGCCCACCAGGAAGAAGUUCCCCAAGAAGGGGACAAGUCAGACCUUCAGCAAAGCUGCCCGCCUCAAGUGGCAGUCACUGGAGCGGCGCAUCUUUGACAUCGUCAUGCAGAGGAUGACCAUCGUCAACCUGGAGGCUGACAUGGAGAGGCUUAUCAAGAAACGCGAGGAGCUGGCACUGCUGCAGGAAGCAUUGCUGGGUAAGAGGGCGAAACUGCAGGCAGAGAGUCCUAAGGAGCAGAAGGGGCUACAGGAGCUGAAUGAGGAGAUCGAGGUGCUGGGGGCCAACAUCGACUACAUCAAUGAUAGCAUUUCUGACUGCCAGGCCACCAUCAUGCAGAUCGAGGAGACCAAGGAGGAGCUGGACUCCACGGACACCUCGGUGGUGAUCAGCUCCUGCUCCCUGGCCGAAGCCCGGCUCCUGCUGGACAACUUCCUGAAGGCCUCCAUUGACAAGGGGCUGCAGGUGGCACAGAAGGAGGCCCAGAUCCGCCUGCUGGAGGGGCGCCUGCGGCAGACGGACAUGACCGGCUCCUCACAGAACCACGCCAUCCUGGAUGCCCUGCGGGAGAAAGCCGAGUCGCACCCUGAGCUGCAGGCCCUGAUCCACAACGUCCAGCAAGAGAAUGGCUACACCAGCACGGACGAGGAGGUCUCAGAGUUCAGCCUCGCUUCUGAUGGGAGCAUCUCCCAGUCUUUCACCAUGAAGGGCUCAGCAAGCCAGGAUGACUUCAAGUUCAAGGGAGAGCCCAAGCUCUCAGGGCAGAUGAAGGCAGUGUCGGCUGAGUGUCUAGGACCCACGCUGGACGUCUCCACCAAGAACAUCACCAAGUCCUUGGCAUCCCUCAUGGAGAUCAAAGAGGAUGGGAUCAGCUUCUCCAUCCGAGACCCCUAUUACAAGGAGAAGGUGUCACGCACCAUCAGCCUGCCCACGCGAGGAAGCACCUUUCCCAGGCAAUCUCGUGGCUCGGACACUUCACCUCUGACAAGGAGGAAAUCCUAUGACCGUGGGCAACCUGCCAGGCCUCCAGAUGUUGGCUUCACGCCUCCUUCAUCCCCACCCACCCGUCCACGCAACGACCGCAAUGUCUUCUCUCGUCUCACGAGCAACCAAAGCCAGGGGUCUGCCUUGGAUAAGUCUGAUGACAGCGAUUCCUCUGUCUCGGAGGUGCUGAGGGGCAUCAUUAACCCGGUGGGUGGCACCAAGAAUGCCCGGACAGCCCCGCUGCAGUGCGUCUCCGUGGCAGAAGGACACACCAAGCCUGUGCUCUGCCUGGACGCCACCGACGAGCUGCUUUUCACUGGGUCCAAAGACCGGAGCUGCAAAAUGUGGAACCUGGUGACAGGCCAAGAAAUUGCUUCCCUCAAGGGUCACCCAAACAACGUGGUUUCCAUCAAGUACUGCAGCCACACGGGGCUGGUGUUCACUGUGUCCACGUCGUACAUCAAAGUGUGGGACAUCCGGGACUCGGCCCGGUGCAUCCGCACCCUCACAUCUUCUGGACAGGUGAUCUCUGGGGAUGCGUGUGCUGGGACCACCACCCGCACUGUGACCAGUGUGCAGGGGGAGCACCAAAUCAACCAGAUUGCUCUCAACCCCACUGGCACUAUGCUCUACGCUGCCACUGGUAACUCCGUCCGCAUCUGGGAGCUGAGCAGGUUGCAGCCCAUUGGGAAGCUGAGUGGCCACAUCGGGCCUGUGAUGUGUCUCACGGUAAACCAGACGGCAAGCAACCAUGACCUGGUGGUCACAGGCUCCAAAGAUCACUACGUCAAGGUGUUUGAGAUUGCUGAGGGCAUGGUGGGCAAUAUUGGCCCCACUCACAACUUUGAGCCCCCUCACUAUGACGGCAUCGAGUGCCUGGCCAUCCAGGGAGACAUCCUCUUCAGCGGCUCCAGGGACAAUGGCAUAAAGAAGUGGGAUCUGGAGCAGCAGGAACUUACACAGCAAAUCCCCAAUGCCCACAAAGACUGGGUCUGUGCCCUGGCCUUCAUCCCCGGCCGCCCCAUGGUGCUGAGUGCCUGCCGAGGAGGCAUGAUCAAAGUCUGGAAUGUGGACACCUUCACCCCAGUUGGGGAGAUCAAAGGGCACGACAGCCCCAUCAAUGCCAUCUGCACCAACUCAAAGCACAUCUUCACCGCCUCCAGCGACUUGACAGUGAAGCUCUGGAGCGGGAGGAGGUUACCCACGGGGUCAAACUAG